CACCCGAGCAGUGCUGCGACGUAAAUAAACAGGACUUUUUUCUCGGACUAAACAACGGCUUGCUUGUGUUGAAGACGGUUACUAGCUGUGGUGAACUUGUUAAUAAAUGUACGAGCGUGUUAAUGCUUCUGUGGCGGUGUUAUGAAGGAGUAGCUGUGUCAUUAUCAGGCUCUGCUUGUUGUUGACGCCGACUACAGCUAACGGUUAAUAAGUUGAGCUCCACAGCUCACUAACAAAUCUCUUUCCUCCGGCCUCCCGACUAUAAGACCUUAGCAUGCAAAAGGAGGUAGACAACCUUGAGGGUGGAGGAGACAAGGAGGCGAAGGAGGAGAGGGCGCAGGAAGCUUCUGAGGAGAUGAUGAGGAAGAGGGUGCGGGCAAAUACUCCAAGCCCACACAGAGGGAACACUCCACAAGCCAGCCCUCCUAGAUUUGUGUCUGUGGAGGAACUGAUGGAGACGGCUAAAGGAGUCACCAACAUGGCUUUGGCCCACGAAAUAAUGGUCAACCAGGCUUUUCAAGUCAAACCUGCAGAGCUUCCUGAAGGAAGUUUGGAGCGCAAGGUGAAGGAGAUUAUGCACAAAGCAUUCUGGGAUUGUUUGGAAGCUCAGUUGAAGGAGGACCCACCUUCGUAUGACCACGCCAUCAAACUGCUGACGGAGAUCAAAGAGACACUGCUGUCUUUCUUGCUGCCGGGCCAUAGACGUCUGCGGUCCCGUAUCGAGGAGGUUCUGGACCUGCCUCUAAUCCAGCAGCAGGCUGAGAAAGGAGCACUCGACAUCGGUCAAUUGUCCCAGUUCAUUGUUGGGAUGAUGGGCUCGCUGUGCGCCCCCUGCAGGGACCAGGACAUCAAUAAGCUGAAGGAGACUGACGAUAUUGUGCCUCUGCUCAAGGCCAUAUUCUCCAUGUUGGACCUGAUGAAAGUGGACAUGGCUAACUUUGCAGUGACCAGCAUCAGGCCUCAUCUGAUGCAGCAGUCAGCUGAGUAUGAGAGGAACAAGUUCCAGGAGUUUCUGGAGAAACAACCCAAUGCCUUAGACUACACUGAGAAGUGGCUUGAGGACACAGUGAGAGGCUUGAAAGAGGCUGGGACAGACAGUUCUAGCGCCGCCUCAUCUCCCCCACCUUCACUCCUCCCACUUAAUGUCCAUAAUCAUGCCUAUCUGCGCUUGCUGAAGUGGGACAACGCCUCAGACCCCUUUCCAGAGACAGUAUUAAUGGAUCAGGUUCGGUUCCAGGAGAUGCAGCAGGAGGCUGAGCAGUUAGUGUUGCUUUCCUCCGUGCUCCUCAUUGUCUACACUACCACAGGAGAGGCCAUCUCAGGCUUGCCCGGACUGAUGGAGACCCUUAAAAACACUGUCAACGUCAUGCUUGCAGACAUGCACACGCCGUCUUUUAGUGCACAGGAUGCCUUAGCUACCAUCGGGGAGAAACUGUGUGUUGAGCUGAGUCAGUGUCUAAGCCAGCAUGGCUACUCUCCAUUCUCUGCUGACCGGAGGAGCACUCUGAAGGGGCAAAUCUUAGCCGCCAUCCAACCAGACAACAGAGUCCGCAAGUUGAUGGACUGCCGGGUUCAGACCUACCUCCUGGCUUCCCUGGAGUCCAGUCAACACAAGACCCCUCCUCCUCUCCCAGGAGGUCUGGCCCCAGUCAGCAGGGAGCUGAAAGAACUCGCUGUUCGCUUCAGUCGCCUCGUCACUUUCAACAAGCUGGUCUUCUCCCCUUUCUACCAGAAGAUUCUCCAGAAAAUCCUGACAUCAGAGGAGUGUCCAAACGCAGAGACAUAAACGCCACACGUAGAGUAAGACGGAUGUGGAGAGUUGUCUGUAGUUUUGCAAUUUCCCCCUCGCGUCUAACGGUUAAGUUCUAGAGAAAGGAGUUGAGGAAGCUGAUCUGUAUUCAGUGGGCAAAGCUGGCCUCACAGAGUGUGUGCACCCUCAAACAAGCGUAAUUUAAAAAAAAAAAGAAAAAGCACUGGCUACCAUCGUAGUUGCAUUAACUCACAGUGUUGCUUAUGUGAUAAAAUCUCAGGCCUCAUAUUUGUGACCUUACAAUGGCCAUCUUCUCUUCUGUUCAGUAUUGAAAUAGUUAGAUACUCAAACCAAUACGUGUUUUAGCACCAGAGCUACAACAAUCAUUACUGUUACCAUACAGUCACUGAAUAUGUACACAUUUCUAUCCACAAAGCCUACAAAAGAAUCAUAGCUAAGUAGAGUACAGAAUCUAAUUAGAGGUGAAGUCAACAAGGUGAAGAGUCAUGGCCCGCAUUUAUUAAGGAAAUAGGAUAUCAGUCCUUACUUGGACUCUGAUUCUCCAAGUGAUGCAUAUUUUGGCCUUAAGUAAGUUAACCUAGUAAUUUUAUUAAUUGUUAAUCUCUUUGUCCCAAACUGUUAUCAGGAGUUGGCCAUCAGAUACGCGCGCACAUUUUAUGAGACGUGUUAUUAAAAGAUACUGCUUCGAUAAAAACUGACUAAUCUUUUGUGUUGGAUGCAAAGCAAAACACAUGCUGCUUUUGAUGGGGCUGACACAUAUGGGAGGCUACUACGUGUUCAUAUUGUUAGGCGUAUUUCACAGACUUAACAUUUUCCCUAAAUCGUUAGUUGAAGUUGAAAUGAAAUUGGACAUUGACAUUGGACUUUUAAUUGUGAUGUUUCACAAUAAGGUAGCAGGCAUUGUAAAAUGAUCUAUGGACUGGGCUGACAUGGUUUAUUUCAUGCAGCUGGGACAAAUUGCCCUCUAUUUUAAAUUAUAUAUUCAUACAUUUAACUAUUUAUUUUGGCAUUAUGUUUAGCAUUUUCCUUGUUGUAGAAAAGUGUGAAGUUAGGAGAACUUUGGUUCCUGCAGGGACAUGUUCUCCUUUGCAUCAC